AGAUCGGUGCGGGUCGAUGGCGGAUGGAAGAGCAGGGCCGCGCCUCAAGGUAUACGACGAGCCGACGCCGACAUCGCUGGCGUGGCGGAGAUCUCGCUGCCGAUCCAGGAUGUGCCCUGGGCGCACUUCCACCACCUCCCAGUACGCGUUGGAUGUGAACGUGGAGAGGGUGGAGGACAUGGUGACGCACCAGCGGCUGCUCGAGGAGGCUCGAUACCUGCAUCAUCGGCUUGCCUUGGCGGUGGGUGUCGUCCAGAUUGCAGUGAUACUAUCCAAGAUACAAAUAAAGGAUGGAGGCCAAGGGAGAUUGUGAUGUAGGAUGGUUGCAAAAUAAGAAGGUUUACAAUGUGUUGCAGCAACAGUAGUUUGUUAAAGAAGUCCUCUUCCAGCUCUAGACAAAUAUCUUUGGCGUGAUGCAAGGAUGUCAUCUACGCCUCACGACCUAUCGCUUUCUUGGGAAAAUGGAUUGAGAUUGAGAAAGGAAACAAAGAGCUCGUCUCAGGAAAGGUAUGGAUUUAGGUGCAGUUUAUGGACGCUUUAGAAAUUUUGUAGGCUGCUAGCCAUUUGACUGGUGUUUGGUUGAUAAAUUGUUAACUAAUUGAGUAGAUACUCACUAUCUUAGUUUGGUGAAAUUGAUUUAUAUUUAAGUUUUACAUGGUUCUCUCAUAUUCUUAAUUAACCUGGUGGUGGAUAAUGGCCUAUUGGUAUCUUGGUUUUAUGCCUAUGGGAUAUGGCAAGAGAUGAUGGUCUCAUGGAGCAUUGAUUUUACUUGAUGAUGAGGUAUUUCUUGCCUGUAUACAUUUGUAGCGAAGAAACAUUUUUUCUGGUUAUGAUAAUUAUACGUAUCAUGCAUUCAGUUUUACUCCAUGUUAUCGUUUAAUUUUGAUUCUGCAGAAGAUUUCAGUAGAACAUUGCUCUGCCGUGCUUGCAACAUCCUAAUAGACAUGUGGUUAGAACAGGGCAGCGCAUAUCGUCUCCCGGAUUAGAACAGGCAUGUGAGAAUUCUUGUGCCUCUAUUGUUUAUUUCUCAAUGUUGUUGUCAUACUAUGACAGCCAUGCAGUUUAUUGAUACCUUUGAAGAAUUAUUGAGGGAUUAUGCUAUGUAGUAGCCAAGAUGCAGCAGUUGAGGUAAUAAAUUUCAGGCUUUUGUAUCAUCCUCCCUGGCUUCCUCCUGAAUAACCACCCAACCGAUUUGGUUGUUCAUUUCCAUGACUGCACAGCCUGUUUGCGAUCCACAUUGGCCUCUGUCAAAAAGUUUAAGGUCUUGAACAAUGUAUGUGGUUCUGAAUAUACACUUGGGAGUCCACACAUAAUUAAAUCAUCUGGGAAUGAUGGGUUAUACUUCCUCAUUAAGCUUGCGUAAUGUUAGGAUAUGCAUCCACAAGAAAGGACCAUGAGCUCUAAGUAAAAUCAACACUAAAAUAGGCAGCUAUUCCGAGAACUGAUUUACAUGACUUAUUUUUCCCUUUGUUGUAGAUCUGCUCUUAUUAUUUUCCGUAUAUUCUAUUGAUAAUUUUGUCUACUAAAAAGGUGGGUACUCGUUAAGCAUGUCGUGGCGGAGUGUGUUUGUUCUAAAUUAUGAAUAACCAUAUAAAAUGUGUGACUCCGUCAGUUAUCAUCAUGACACAUGCCUUGAUCCUUCAAGAUUUUCCAUUUCUCUUUCCAUGAGUGAAUGCAUUAUAGAAAUGGCACAUUGAUUGAUUCAUUUUCUAAUGUAGUACCACAUUUAUACACAAGCAGAAAUCCUUAAUUUGGCACACGAGAAGGUUAAGAAGACCUGCAAAUUACGAUUACAGUACAGUUUUAUAUCCCAGUUAGUUGACCAUGCUCUUUUCUGUUUUAUUUGCUGAUGCAACCUACGAUAAGUUUAGUCAAGAUAUCUAUGGUCUCCUAGAUUGCCGAUGUGAGUUUGCUAUUCAGAAAUUUAUAUUUUUUGAUACUAACAAAGAAUCCAGUUGAUGUGUCCAUAGUUUUGUUUCUCUUAGCUAGGAUCUAGAUAAUGUAAAAAUACAAAUCAUUUACUUUUGACCUUCCAGGUUCAUAGACUGUAUCUUUUGUACUGAGCAUCUUGCUACAUUAUUUGUACUCAAGGCUUCGGUUAUUCAAGGCUUCGGUUAUACCUGGUUUCUUUCUGCACUAACAUCACGUAGAAAUUUAUUUACUAGCACAUUCAGUGUAACUAUCUGGGUUGGUUAACCGUUGCACACACACGCAGUUUUUUUCUUUUUCGCUUGACAGCUUUGUGAUUCGGUACCGCUGUUCUUCUUACUGUCCGUUUAUGUUUCACUUAUAGAGAAACGCACUGCUAGCAUUUCCAGAUGUGUACUGGUCUGUUUUGCUUACCUUUUGUAAAAUGGGUUGCUUUGCCUCGUGAUAUUCUGUGAUGUGUUCAUCAUUUACCUUUUUUGUUUCCCAUUAGUGAAAAUGAUUGCUAGCAUCUUUAGAAUGUACAAUAUGUUCAGGUUAGAUUAGCUAUGUUAGGUUAAGAAAUCUCUCCAUUAUGCCGGCUUAUCUUCCUGCAACCUUAACACUUCAUAUCCUUUUUAUUUUUUCAUUUCACUUUAGCCAGUGAUUCAUGGAUCCUAAACAUUCAGAUUCAGGUACGUUUUCUUCUUUCCAGUUGUUCCAUUUCACAUUGUAUCUUUCAUGUACAAUAGUUGGGCAGAUUUUUUUUUUUUUUUUUGGAUCAAGGGUGGUGGUUAGUAUGACACAAAAAAAAAGAUGAUCUAUGGUAUUCUAGACUAGGAUACACAGAUUUACAGUUAGCAUUGCCACUCAACUGAGCUUAUAUUGAUAAAAUUAUUUGGCCCAUUCUUUCAUGGUAAACAUAAAGAGGAAAGAGCUAUGUUCACCUGCCAAAUAUGAAAGCUUGCACUGUUACUUCAUCAGAUGGCCAGUGCAGCAACUCUGAAGUAUUCAUGAUUGGUUGGGUUGUUCAGUUUCUCAAAGAAUUUCAAAAUUGUCACAAAACCUUCAGAUUUUUUCUAUAAAAUCAAGCUAGCUAUCCAAUCAUUUCGAGGUACAACCUUAAAAGGAGACAUCUACGAUUGAUCAAGUUGUCCCUUCAUUAUUUGACAGUGGACAUGCUCUCCCUUCUAUCACUCUUUUAUCAGUUGCAAGGUGCAAGUAAUCCAGUUUAAUGCAGGCAUUACAUCCUUGCAUGCCGAGGGAGCAGAUGACCACGGGACAAAGUAAAAAAGGAAAAAUGGGAGUGCAGCUGGCAAGUUACAUCCUUGGUUUUGUUUAUGUAUCGAUGAUGUAUUGUAUCAAGUCUUAACGUGUCCGAUACCAAUUUUCGUAUUAUACAAUAUAUAUUGGUCACAACUUGUCAACUUGCACAUGAGCAGUGUGGAUUUUUUUAUUACAUUUUAUACAUUUUUACUCUGAAUUAUCUGUCAUCUAUCUCACAUCUGGCUAGCCUCAUGUGGUACCAAAAUAAUGAGGUCUGUGCUCCUACACGGAGUCAAUUAAUUUGGGACAAAGGGAACAUGUCUUUUUCAUGCUCCUAGAUACUGGAUAUGGAUAAUAAAAUGCAUUGGCCUGAUAUAUUUUAGCAUAAAACUAGAUUUGAUCGACAUCAACUGUCUGGCUCAGAAUUUCAAACUUGCAAGGAUUUCAAACUUGCAACUGGACGGUACAAAAUCUGCUAGGAGCGAGAUUAGUCCAUGAUUGGAGUGCCACUGUACGGUGAGGAGGCGCCCCAUGGGGCGCCCAGCCUCUAGUUAGGAAAUAGUUUGUGUGUUUGCUUGAAUGCAUGAGAUUAUUUGCAUUAUUGGAUGAUUCUCUUGUUCUGGCGAACUCCUUCACAGCUCUCUAUCCAUAUCAUAUUUGAUCCGUAUCUAUUUUUAACAAUAGUCUCUCUGAUUUAUAUUGAUUGUCUCAACUUUAUCUACAUAUAGAUGCUAGUAGUCAGCAAACAUGUCUAGAUACAUCCGUAUGUACACAAAGUUAACUCAAUUAAUUCGAAUAGGUGGAGUGUUUAUUUUUUAUUUUGUUUUGUAUAUGGUUUCUGUAUUUAUUUUUUGCUUUUAAAGAGCUAGAAAAAUAAAAUGUGACACUAUCUUCGCUUCAUUUUCAUCCUUGCAAGUCUGAGGCAGUGCAAAUUUUCUGUUUCAUGAAUUGUGAGACCGUGGUACGCUCACAUGAUCACAUCGAAUCUGACCGUGAAUCCGUGAUCACCCGGUUCGCGGACGAACCACACCGAACCAGGCUCGAGCCGCGACCGAUCUCCAUCCCGGCGCGAUGUUCCUGCGCCGCCUGAGCACGUCCGCCUCCGCGGCCCUCCGCCGGCGCCGCCGCGGCGCCAAGGACGACGGCCUCCUACCGGCCCUGCGCACGGAGAUCGCCCACGAGCUCUCCUCCUCCCCCUCCUCUUCUCCCCCUUCCCUCCAUUCCCAGGACAUCAACGACUUCGCCGCCGUGUCGGACGCGCCGCGCGCGCAAGACGUGCUCCUGCGCCGCCGCGGAGGCGGAGACACCGAGGAGGUCCUCGUGUCCGCGCUGCUCGCCCCGCUGCGGUUCGAGGGCGACGAGCCGCUGCCCAGGGACGCGCUCAUGAAGGUCUUCGUCAGCAAGCCGGGGGUGGACCCGCUGCUGCGCUUCGACUGCCGCGCGGCUGCGGGCGACGGCGACGCUGCUACUGGCUACGACAUAACUGCCCUUUCGUAUCACGAGUUCCCUGGCGACGGUGGCGACCGCAAGUAUGAAGGGCGCGACUUCAGAGAUUUGGAUCCUAAACUGCAGACUGCGCUGAAAGAAUACCUUAUGGCAAGAGGCGUUAACUCUGAACUGGCAAACUCACUUCGCGAACACUUGCUGCAGAAGGAGCGCAUCCAGUACGUGGGCUGGCUCAAAAACUUGGAAGAAAUGCUCACGAAAAACAAUUGACCUAGUUAUCGGAAAAUGGAUGAACAAGAGAAUGAUCAUUGACCUACCUAAUCCUCCUCUGUUCAACUUUGCUCUUCGGUUGCUACUCUGUUACUGAUGAAUCGUUUGCUUCAUGAUUUUUUGCUAUGCCAAUGCUGGGUCAGGUAAAUGUUAUGUGCAAGUGUGAUCA